GCCUCAGUCGCAUCGUUACAACGACGCCGCCACGGCCUUCUUGGUUGUUGUCAUGGUUGUUGUUGGUGCCGCUGCUGCUGCCGUUGCUUGUUUGCUGCGUUAGCAGCACAAACGCAACGUGGUGAAGUUGUGCGCCGAAACGAAACGCAAAACCCACCGUGGACGACCAUGCGUCCACCCUUACCGGCCAACCCUUGCGUGUAGAGUGUGUGUGUGUGCGCGCGCGUUGGAAGAAUGUGCUGAUCGGGAUGAGGUUUCUGUUUUCGCCUUUUCCUUUUGGGCCACAGAAUAUGAUGCACAGUGAAAGAUAAAUUGUUUAUUUCGCCAAAUUUAUCGUCGUCGUGUCGUGCCGCUUCUUCUGUUUUUUUUUUGUUGUUGCGUGUGUGUGCUCUUUGCGUUACUGUUUGCCGGUAGAUGGCAGUAAAAGCAACCCCACGUUUAGUACGUUGGUGCGGUUUUUGUGGCGAACGUGUGUGAUCCGAAUGAAGUGUUUGACGCGUUGCGUCCUCUGCCGAGUGACGAAACUAUGAAGUGUUGUGCGUUUGCAGUGGAAACAGUGUGCAAGCUAGAAUUCUCCAGUGCCGAGUGGAAGGACACGCACGGUGUCUAGCAGUGUUUAGCAGCGAAUUAGCGAAUUUGAUUAGCACCAAGAUGGUUGGCCAACCAGCGACUGUGAUAUUAAGCGUUACGCUCCUCGCUGUCUGCAGUGUGUUCCAGCAUUCGGCGACAUUCGUUAGUGCGCUCGACGAGGGUCAUAUUGUGCGUGAGCAGGACGCCGCCAAUGCACACGGUGCACCGGAAAUCGACACCGUCGAGGAGGAGAUCGUACUACCGAAGGGUGCUAGCUGGAACUUUACCUGUAAAUCCGCCCAGCCGAUCUUGUGGAAAAGCUAUGCCGCAUCGUUCCACUGGGAACCACCUAACGUGCACCCUGUGGACUUUGAAACGGACGAUCCCGACAAACCGUACGGAAGCGUGCUGAUGCUAACGGACGCGUCAGCCAAACAGGUCGGCCGGUACUACUGCAUCAACGUUGCUUCGUACGACGAGGAGCGCGAGGAUGAGCUGGACGAUAUGGUGGCCGAAUAUCUGGCCUCCACCGUGUACGUGUAUGUGAACGAUCCGGAGCAUCCGCUCGUGCCGGUAUCGUCGCCAGUGUUUCGCGUCCAGCAGUACGAUGACUUUGUCAUCCCGUGCAAACCUACGCACCCGGAAGUGGAGGUGGAGCUGUACAACGAUCUCGAAGGGAAUUUGGUUGAAACCUAUGAGUACAGUAAUACCCAAGGAUACAAACUAAGCUUUAACAGGCUGGAGGAAGGUGGUUUCUACUACUGCCAGGUGAAAGAUAAACCCGACCAACGCAUAGACUUUGAAGUAACGAUCAUCGAACACUACGAUUCAGAAGAAGCAUUAACCGAGUACUUAACGAAACCGUCGAUCCAUAGCGAUACGAAAGAUCACGUACCGCUCGGUCAGCGAAUCCGGCUCGUCUGCAAGGUGAACAUCCGGGCCGGCGUUAACCUGGACAUGAUUUGGAAGGUUCCGCCGAAUCUCAAUCCAGCCGUCAGGGACGCAAGAGUAAGGUUAGGAUCGUUGAAGCUGAAUCCGGUGAAAGACGCCGCUCACCGGGAGAUCGCCUCCCGGGAGCUCAUCAUCGAGCGGGCAACGAUGGCCGACGAUGGCACGUACCGGUGCGAGGUGAUGGAUGUGAACGGUCACCGGAACUAUCACAGCUUCAAGCUGCACGUGCACGAUUCCGGCGACGACUAUGUGAUGCUGCGCGAGGAGAACAAUCUUGACGACAUUAACGUGCGGCGCAAUGCGAACGGCAAAACGGCACCGAUCGACAUCGUGAUCGAGUACCGAUCGUACCCGGCUAACAUUACCUACUACUGGUUGAAGGAUGACGAUAUCGAGGUGAUGGCUGGCCAUCACGGCAAGUACGAGCUGACGCACAGUGAGACGGUCGUGAAGCUGCGCAUCAACGAUCCGUCGGUGACCGAUACCGGCAACUACACGUUGUUCGUGCUGGCUGGCAAUGCGGAAAAGUCACACCGCAUAGGGGUGUACGUUUACGCCAAACCGAUCGUUCACAUGGAGAGCAAGUUUGUAAAACCGAACGAAGAGGUCUCGUUCACGUGCCGAAGCAUCGGCUAUCCAAGGCCGGAAAUUUCGUUUAUGUUUCUUCCCUGUCUGGAGGUGCCCUGGAGGAAUUGUUCCGCAUCAAGGACCAAUAAGGACAAAUGGGACUCCUCGAGCCCGGCUAUCAGUUCGGAGUCGUCCGCAAGACUGACCCCCGGUGGUAAAGGCGAAACCCCAAUCGCAAAGUCACGGGUCUACACUCUUACGCCCAAACAGCCGGGUGUGGUGUACUGUCGCGCUACCAACCUGGAGGGCAGCGAAAUAACGGAAGCCGAUCUGCUCGUCAGCGAUCUGUCCGACUCGGUAAUGUUGGAAAAGGAGCAACCGAAGGAAGCGAUCACCGUCGGCGAUCAUGUCACGAUCGUCUGCUCAGCGCUAGUGUACAACUACACCAAAGAAAUAACGUUCGUGCACAACGAUAAAGAGCUGCAAGAGUCGGACGGUGUACGGCAUGACUACUCAGCGGAGCUGUACGCCUGGCAGGCACGGCUUGACAUCGCACACGUGGCGACCGAACACGAAGGCCCAAUAUACUGUCGAGCGAAAACCAUGACCGGUGCGGUAGAAAGUCGUGCCUUCCACGUGGAGGUGCUGGAACCGGUCGCACCGAUGCUUGUUUCGGGCAAGAGCAAUGAGAGCCUGUCGGUUGAUUUGCACGAUCCACUGAAACUGGAGUGUGACAUCGUCGGUACGCCCGAUCCCAAGAUCGUUUGGCUAAAGGACGGCGAACCGGUGCGGCCGGACGAGAACAGCAAUCGGGUGCAGCUCACCAAAACGACACUCAUCUUCGAGUACCUGAAGACGGACGAUCUGGGAAUGUUCGAGUGCCGGGCGGAGAACAAGAUGGGCACGAUCGAGAAGUACUGGAAGGUGGAUGUGCGAACUGCUGUUGUGAGGAAAUCGGUCAUCUACAUCAUUUUGUCCCUCCUGCUGGUGCUAAUCGUCGGUAUCGUGCUAGUGUCGAUGUUCUACUGCCGGAAGAAGAAGGAAGUGAAAGCGAUGAAGGAAGCGGGCAUUGUCAACUUUGAGGAAGGUAAUCUGGGCGUCUACAAUCCCGAACUGGCGCUGGACGAACAGGCCGACCUGCUGCCGUACAAUUCCGAGUACGAAUUCCCCAAGGAGCGGCUCAAGCUGGGCAAGCAGCUCGGCACUGGUGCGUUCGGUGUGGUGAUGAAGGCCACCGCCCAACGCAUCAUGGUGAACGAGGACGAGACGACGGUCGCCGUGAAGAUGGUGAAAAAGCAAACGGACAAUGAGGUGAUGCGGGCGCUCGUUUCGGAGCUAAAGAUCAUGGUCCAUCUCGGGCAGCACUUGAAUGUGGUGAAUCUGCUUGGCGCGGUUACGAAAAACAUUGCCAAACGUGAAUUAAUGGUGAUUGUUGAGUACUGCAGGUUUGGAAAUGUACAAAACUUCCUGCUCAAACAUCGGCCACACUUUAUCGACCAGAUUAACCAGGAGACGGGUGAGAUCGAUUCGUCGAUCGACAAGAAUCAGCUACGGUGGUCCAAGUGUGGAUACCAGUAUAAUAGCCAGGGCUUGAAAUAUGUCAAUCUUUCCUUUUCCACCAACAACGUCAACCAUCAUCCACUUCAACAUCCGACUGCUUUCUACCAUAAUAAUCACAUCGACAGCGGCUCGACGCAGUACGUUGAUCCGAAGAAGCACCUAAACUCAAAAGGCUAUGUGCGCCACUCCGGGCUGCAAAACAUGGGCAUGGUCGAUAGUUGCAACACGGAAGUGACCGCCAUGACAUCGGUUGAAGUGGAAGAUUUGAACUCGGUCAAUUCGAAUGAGCCGCUAUGGCGCUCCAACUACGGCAUGGACUACAAGGGGCCGGCACGCACCGUUAACACGACCGAUCUGGUCUGCUGGGCGUCACAGAUUGCCUGCGGCAUGGAGUAUCUGGCAUCGCGCAAGGUACUGCACGGUGAUCUGGCCGCCCGUAACAUACUGCUGUGCGACGACAAUGUGGUGAAGAUCUGUGACUUCGGGUUGGCUCGGUCGAUGUACAAGAGCGAUAAUUACAAGAAGAAGGGUGAAGCGCCGCUACCAUUCAAGUGGCUUGCACUGGAAUGCAUUGGCGACAAUGUGUUCAGCACGUACUCGGACGUGUGGGCUUACGGUAUAGUGCUGUGGGAGCUGUUUUCACUCGGCAAAGUGCCUUACCCAGGGAUGGAGGCGAACCAGGAGCUGUACAAUAAGCUGCGCGAUGGCUACCGGAUGGAUAAGCCACAGUACUCGAACCAAGACAUUUACGAUAUUAUGCUGAACUGCUGGAACGUGAAGCCUGAUUCGCGACCAUCGUUUAAGGACCUGAAGAGCAGGUUCAAUGCAAUGCUUCCAGAUGAUAUGCGAGAUCACUAUCUCGAACUGAAUGAGCCAUACCUACAAAUGAAUGCCGAAAAGAUGGAACGAGGUGAUACCGAUUACCUGGCUAAUCUCGGCCCUCCAGAAGAACCAGCACCAGCGGCACCAAACUAUGUCAAUGGCAUCAUUUUACCUCUGCCACCGAUUUCGGAGAUUCGUAACGACAAGGACUACCUGAAGAUGUCCCGCACAAAGUCCGAUUCGGAGGAGAGCAACUUUGACUUUGCCUCGUUCAACAGCGAUCGUCAUUCGCCCACGAUACGCAACAAUCUCGACACUAGUCCGCCCAACGGCAGCAAACGGCACAAGAAGCGGGGCCUGCCGGAGGAAAUUCCCAUGCUCGAUGGGAACCGGUUAUCGUCCACGGCGAACGGGUUUAACUCCGAUUCCGAAACGGAACCGGUCAGUCCGAAACCGCGCGAACGCACAAGCAAGCACAACCCGGAGCCGGAGUAUAUAAACGUGAAAGGAAGUAAGGUUGGCGGUGUUGGACGAGCACCGCUGUGUGACGACGAGCUGAGCCAGGAAGCGAUCAGCAAUCCGGGCUACAUUGCGCUCAGUAUGGUGGAUGAGAAGCGGUGUUAGUGAUAGUACUGCAAGUACGGUUAGCCAUUUUGUAAGGCAAAUCAUCCUUCCUGGCGGUGGUCCAUUUUUAGUCUUGCAUUCGAUUUGCGCUCUCCGGGCAACCUGAAACCUGGCCACACUUUAACGUUGAAAAACUUAAUACUUAAGAAAUUAGCCUAUGAACACAAAACUCCAACCCUCAUACGAAAGAAAGGAGCAUAGCUUACAUGAAAAAAAAGAUGCGUGUUUAUUUUUAUACAAACUUUAUACCGCUGUGCGCUACAUUGUCAGUAAGUCAGUAAAGGGUAAGUGUACAUAGUUGACGAAAGAAGUGUAGUGUUACGCCAUCGAAUCAGUUAAUUCAAUCACGUCCAAUGUAAUUUACUGUUAAGCUACCGAAAAAUAAAACUCCCAUCCAAGUAUUUGGUCAUCGUUUAACAAAAAAAAGUGUAACAAAUGUUUUGGUAAGGUGGGAAUUGCUUUUUUAAUCUGCAUAAGGUAGUAGUCUAAUGUUGCUGUGCGAUUUUUGUCCAGCAAACAUUUUCUAUUUACCUUGGUCAGUCGACAAUCAGUCACCGAAUCAGUCUGGCAGCGGCCUUAGAUCAUAACCUAAGACCAAGGUAAAUAGAAAACGUUGCGUACUAAAAAUCAAAUAGUUUGUUAUUAGGUCGACGCAAAGAUGCGUUUGCUGUAAAAUCCAUAUAUUUUACCAGCAACAACAUUUGACCAAUUCCUAGGCUAAAAGGUUCGUCGUAGAGAACAGAAUAUUUUAACAUCGCUGAUUGCAAGAGAAUUGCAUACAUUUUGGCGCAAGUUUUCACCAUCGUUUGGUGAACGUUCUUGGGAAGCGUGACAGUGGUGAGUGAGCUUUAGGGAAUGGUCAGAACCUCGUCGUAUGCCGCACGCUUUGGUAUGGAAUUUAAUAGGAUUAAUGACAGCCGUUGCGAUUUUAUAUCAAAUGUCAAAUGUGAAAAAGCACAUCAAAUAAUUAUUAUAGAGAAACAACAAUAUCUCUCGAUAAUACCUCAAAUAGGUAGAAAAUUGAGAAAACUCGGUAAAAUCGUAUACCGCGAUUCUCUGACCAUUACUUACCUAGCAAUUUACAGAUAUUAUACCCACCGACAACCCGGUGAGGCACUUAGGCCGAAAAUACACGAAGCGCGAUUCCGAGGGCGUGUCCAAACGCGUAUAACAGUUCCGCAGAGAUAUCCAGCAUGAGCAUCUCUGCGUUUUUGCGGUAGCGCAUUCGAAUGAUAUUUCAUUUCUAUGGUUGGGUUGUUAUACGUGCGUCGUAUAUUUGGGGACUUAUACGUUCUAAAUCGUUUCAAACCCGACUUGACUUUUUUCUUUUGUGAUUUGCUUUUAUUGUUCGAAUUAUUUCAAUAUGAUAAUAAUCAAAAAAUCUAACGAAUUUGUUCAAUUACGAUAAAUAGUUUCACGUUUUCGGAUAAAUUGAAAGCCCAGCAAAUGAAACACACAUCGUUCGUAACAUAUUUCUUCUUUAUUGUUCAAUAGCGAAAAUAAAACAAUAUUAUAAGUGCUUGUUUACAGAUCAUAGGCAAUACAAUCUUACUUAUAGUGUGCACGCGUUAAGAAACAAAACCAUGGCUCGUUAAGAGUUCCUCAUUCUUCAAGCGAAUGCUAAUAUCUCGAUGCAACAAAUAUCGUUAUUGAUUUCAUUUCUUAAAUUCUUCUACUUUUUUUUCUCUUUUUUUGUUCAUUCGUUUUGAAAAUAAUUAGCACAGUAAGCUGUGUGGUUCGAUCCUGUUUGCCCAUUCGUGCCCAUUGAUUGCCUAUUUUAAGGCGGAUGGAGUUCUGGAGCUUGAAAGUGUUAUACGCUUGAUCUCUACCAAUCCUCGUUCACCUUCGUCACAUCCAGUCUGUUCGAUAGCCUGUAGAGAUACUCCAUAUGGCUCCAUCUGUUGUUUCAAUUAACACUUUCUUAUAUAGCUGCACCACAAGUAAACGAAAACAUAUAAAAGCACACCUGACACACGCCUGACUCAGUCGCUCCACAGAAGGAGCAGUUCAAUCACUCCAUAAAUCAAUCAAUCACAAACCAUAUCAAAAUUCAAGAUAACGCGAGAAACAGGAUUACGGUUACAAACUAAUUCACAACAAAACGGGAUUAUAAGUAUGAUUCUUCACCUUCCACUGCUGCGUUGUUAGUACUUUCUCCUACACUAACUUGGCACGGUUGGCACCAGUAAAAUGUUAUUUAAGAAAAACUUUUUUAAUGUAGCUAAAAAAGCUUAAAAUGUAGCCUUCAAGUUGCGCAAACAAAAAUUUAAAAAGAGUGGAAGCUCUUCAUUAUUUUCCUUCCUUAUACUUUUGUUACUAUUCUUGUAUAAACUUUCAUUGACUUCGAACAUUCAUUUUGUUUAACUACAUCAUGUAUGCCUACCAUCAUGUAUACAUCAUCAUGUUGGUAGGACAUACAAUAAGAAAAUGCUAUGAGUACAUUCGAGCUUUUGCUGUCGUUUUUUUUUUUUGGUAAAAAAAGAAA